AUGGGCCGGGGAGCCUGCCGGUCUAUGCUGCUCCUCCGGCAAAGUUCGAUUGCCACCUCUGCAUGGAAUACCUAUCCCGUUGAACUAAUAGCCGGCUCCCACUCCGACUCCAACCACUUCCUUAAAACAAUUAGGCAAUACAACAACUCCUUUCAAAUGACCUCAUUUGGGGCUCAGGGUUGGAUCCCCACUUUUAAAGUACAGGGGCAGGUAUAUAACCGCAUUGGUUCUUUGCAGGCUGAGGAGACCUCUACGCCUAAAUUCCUUCAACUGUACUUUAUUGCAGACUACAACCUACAGGCCGAAACCCGGAUUGGUAUUUUGCCGCCGUCGGGAAGAGUUCCUCGCAGGGACGUCAUACUACUACUUCAGGCCAUGCUUCACGAGGUUAACAGCUACAUUCGCAGUUUCAAAUAUGCUUUGGAAAAUGCUCCCUUUCCUUCCUUCAGCAUUAUAAUUGACGCCGACAAACGGCCUCAUGAUGAACACGAACGCCGCUACAAUGCUCCUGCGUGCAACGAAGUGGCCGCUAUUAUACAUGGGGAGCAAGACCACACUCGCGAUAUUGUCCUCAAAUCAAGAGGCGGCGCUCUUCGCAGGAUUUCAGAGACCCAUCGAUCAUAUGACGCAUUGCAGUAUACUUUACUUUUCCCUUAUGGUGACGAAGGCUACCACUUCGGUAUUCCCCUUCAUACUCCGGGUGGCCAACCUUCAACGUCUUCCAAAGCCUUAUUGUGCAAGACCUUCUACUCAUACCGUUUCAUGGUUAGAGAUGGAGACUUCAACCUGAUGCAGGGAUCUUUUCCACCAGUUUGCGGUUGA